AUGUACGCCACUCGAAUUAUCGCUCUCUUCGCUGUUCUCCCAUACCUCGCUUCCGCCGCACCUCUCUUCGGUCUUCCCAACCUCGGUGACAUCCUCGGACAAGGUAAAGGGAACUCCAUCGACGCUUCGACCGUCGCCAUUGCCGUCCCCAAAGUGACCAGCUUUGUCGGCUCAGCUGUCCCCGCAGCUACCUCCGUACUGGGUGCGGUCGUAGCUCAAGAGACUAAAUUCGUCGGUUCGGCCAUUGGUACAGCCACCAAAUUAGCUGGAGCGGUCGUUGACGACGUCCAAUCUGCCUCCGCACAAGUUACCGGAGCCGCAUCAGUAGCGGGAGCGGUUAUGGGAGGAGUGAAUGUGAACAAUGGUAUUUCCGGUGCGAUUGCUGGUGAUUUGACUGGUCAAGUCUCUGGUAUCGCCUCGGGAACAGUCAAGAACGUGAUUGGAAACGUCAUCGGGGAUGUCGUUAGCGCUGCUGGAUCCAACCCCAUUGGCGGAGUCGUCAGUGGAGUCGUACCUAGUGGUGUAGCAAAUGCAAUCGGUCAGGUUGAUUCUACCGCCAAAGGGAUUGUAGGUGGUGUGGUAUCAGCGAUACCAAAUGUCAUUGGAGGUGUAGUCAACAAAGGUCAAGAUGUAGUUGGUGCAGUAGUGAGCCAAGGUCAAAACGUAGCUGGUGGAGUGAUCAACAAAAGUCAAGAUGUGGUUGGUAACGUAGUUGGUGGAGUUGUUAGCCAAGGUCAAAACACGGUUGGAAACGUCUCCAACGGAGUCACCAGUACAGUCCCCAACGUCCUUAGUGGGGUCAUCUCUCAAAGCCAAAACACUGUUGGAAACGUCGUAGGAGGAGUUAUCUCACAAGGUCAAAACGCCGCUGGAGGUCUGUUAGGUGGCCUUACAAAUACAGCUGGUAACGUCGUUUCCACCGGUCAAUCUACCACUGGAGGUUUGUUGGGUUCGGUCAUUCCUGCUGCUCAGAACAGUCCUGUUGCAAUCGUUCAAACUUUGAACAGCUUCAUUUCAAGUCUCAAACCCGCCUCAGCCGUCGACUCGAUCCAAAACCUCCAAAAAGUUUAUUCCUACCUUACCACGGUUCUUUCCAACCAAGCUGCUCUGGUCAAAAACACCGCUUCGGCCGAUUUCGCUCCAUUUGUCAACUAUGCUGCUCAACUUGUCCGAAAUCUCAACUCUUACGUUAACUCCUUACCAUCCAGUAUCACAUCCGCUUCUGGAUUCUUGACGAUUGCGGGUCAGAUCGACGCUGCUACAGCUCAGAUGUUGAGCGGUAUCAAGACUACUGCUAUUGGUGCUACUCAACUUUCCACUGCGUUGUAUGCGGAUGGCAUGUUCAGUGCUUCUAAUUUGAGCACUUUGUUCCCUAAGACUCUUGCCAUCCUACCUCCUGCUCCCAUCAGCCUUUAA